AUGCCUACCCUGGUCAUUACCAAUUUCAACAUUGUGUGUUCCGUCUUGGGCGGGUUCAUCACCGUCUUCGGGCUGGUGAGUUAUCUCUUAAAGGAACGAUUCUAUCUCUCAGAGGCUCUUAUCUCGCUCGUGGCCGGCAUCAUCUUCUCACCCCACGCCACGAACUGGAUCAGGCCGCUGGACUACGCGGACGGGGUGGUUGAGAACCUCGACACCAUCACCCUCUACUUCACGCGGCUGGUCCUGGGCGUGCAGCUGGUCCUGGCCGGCGUGCAGCUGCCCAGUCGAUACCUCUACACGGAGUGGAGGUCCCUUUUCCUCCUUCUGGGACCGGGAAUGACGCUGAUGUGGCUCAGCGGGAGCCUCUUGAUCUGGGCCAUGGUGCCUCACUUGUCGUUCCUGCACGCGCUGGCCGUUGCUGCCUGCGUCACGCCGACCGAUCCCGUCCUGUCAAACUCGAUCGUCAAGGGCAAGUUUGCGGACAAGAACAUCCCGAAGCCGCUGCAGAAAAUCAUCAUCGCCGAGUCCGGAGCCAACGACGGCCUGGGAUAUCCGUUCUUGUUCCUGGCGCUGUACCUGAUCAAGUACACGCAGAUGGGCGGUGCUGGGCACCCCAACCCCGGAGGCGCUGCGAAGGCCAUGGGGUACUGGUUCGGUGAGACGUGGGGGUACACCAUCCUGCUGAGCGUCGUUUAUGGCAUCGCCGUCGGCUGGUUGGCCAAGGAGUUGUUGCAUUAUGCUGAGGAGAAGAAGUUUGUGGAUCGCGAGAGUUUUCUCGUCUUUGCAAUCACCCUCGCCUUGUUCAUCACAGGUACUUGUGGGUUGAUCGGCUCGGAUGAUGUCCUGGCUUGUUUCGUUGCUGGGAACGUCUUUACAUGGGACGAUUGGUUCCGCCUUGAAACUGCCGACGAUUCUCUUCAACCUACCAUUGAUAUGCUGCUCAACAUAAGUGUCUUUAUCUGGUUCGGCGCCGUGUGUCCAUGGGCUGAAUUUCGGACGAACGAUGUCAUUCCGCUUUACCGGCUGGUCUUCUUGGGGAUCCUGAUUCUUUUGUUUCGGCGCGUACCCAUGGUGUUUGCGAUGCACAAGAAGAUACGCGAGAUCGAAGAGGUCCAACAAGCUGCGUUUGUGGGCUUCUUCGGCCCCAUCGGCGUGUCGGCAAUCUUUUACCUUUAUAUCAGCCUGGAAUUCCUGAACACGGUGACUGUUGACGGCGAGGUUCGCGAAGAUGCGGCGCGACUGCAAGAGGUGAUGCGCGUGGUGAUCUGGUUCCUAGCCAUUUGCAGUAUUGUCGUCCACGGCCUCAGCGUGCCGCUCGGGAAGCUGGGAUAUCACUUUCCCAGGACCAUUUCUCAGGCUCUGAGUAGCGACAGGGAAGACGACGAUUACGAUCUGCGAUUUCGCCGGGCGCAACAGUUCAACCAGACCUUGAAUAUUCGACGCCGGAAGAAGAACACGACGGGUGACAGUGCCUCGAAGCAGCAGCAGCCGCAGCAGCCACCAUCCCCGGCUGUAUUCAGCCUCUCAAGGCCUCAGAAAGGAUCGUCUGAGCUAGGGGACAGCGAGGCCAGAUCAAAUAACCCUCCAGAGCCACAUCGCCCGAUCCAUUUCCCUGACGAACCGUCGGAGAGGCAGCAGUCGCCCGCGACGUCCGAUCGGCGGAUUCAGUUUUCCAGAAACACGCCAUCCGAUGGGAUGAGUACGCCGAGUAGUUUGAGACGGGACGUGGGUGAAAGAGGUCAGGACAUUAGAGAUGGGCACGACAGAUCUGCUGGCUAA